GUGGGAUGUGUGGGUGCAGGUCAGGAUCACAUUACGAAGUACAAACACACCUAGACAUACAUGUGACAAGCAUGUAUGCUCCCCCGGAGCUGAUGUUACUUUCUCAGAUGGUAGAGGGAGUAGGAUCGAUUCCUGAUGGGGGACCUCGGUGGGACAUAGUGCGCAUGUGUGAACUGCCUUUAAUGUACCAGGUGAUAUGAAUAUUUUAGGUGGCUUUGUGUGUGUGUGUGGAGGAGACGACAGCGGUGACGGAGGGUAAGUGAUGUCACGUGUAUGAACAGCCGUUACAGGUACGCCGUUGCUGUUACUGUCGUGUCGCUGUGCUGUAGAUUGUUGGACAUUACGAGAUUGCGAGUGGACGUCAUGCAUCUGGACGAUGCCCUGAAAAUGCUGGGGGAGUUUGGUUGGUACCAGCGAGUGCACCUGCUUCUUGUCUGUGGCUUCGCCAUCUUGUGCGCAUGGCACGGGCUAAACAUGGUCUUCCUGGGGGCCGUACCUCACUUCCACUGCUCUCUUAGUGACGUCAACGCCACGUGGUAUGGCGUCAACCAAUCACAGCUGAAAGAUCUCUUAAUUCCAGAAGGAGAAGGAUGCAAGCGGUAUUCUGUGAACAGUUCACUCCACAGACUUACAAGUGUUCAGUGGGUAAACGCUGACGUCACUAACGGUACAGCAGCACAGGAGGCAUGUCCGGCGGGUUACGUGUUUUCUACAGACGAGUACGACAGCACCAUCACUUCAGAGUUUAAACUGGUCUGCACAAAGAAGUUUCUCCAAAGUAUCUCCAAGUGCGUGUUCUUUGCUGGAAGGUUUCUAGGAGCUGCAGUGUUUGGGCAGCUCUCAGACAGGUUCGGGCGUCGGCCUAUGUUUUUUGUGGGCGUGGCCAUGAUGAUGCUGACAGGAGGCGUGGCAGCGGCUGCUCCAAACGUGUUCGUCUUCCUGUCCAUGUAUCUUUUGCAAGGUGCCGCCAGCACAGGAGCUUUCGUUAUUUCCUACAUACUCAUCAUGGAGCUGGUUGGUCCCAAGUACAGAGUCUUCGCCGGCUUUGUAAUCCUAAUCUUCUGCAGUCUUGGUUACGUGUCUCUAGCUGGGAUCGCAUACUUCAUCCGCAACUGGAGAUACUUGGAGUUGGCCAUAACGGCUCCAUCGCUUCUCUUCUUGUUUUAUUGGUGGCUCCUUCCCGAGUCCCUCCGCUGGCUGCUGUCGCACGACAAGACGGAGGAGGCGCGGCGCGUGCUGCAGACGGUGGCCAGGCGCAACGGCAAGGCGCUGCCCGAGGAUGUGGUCAAGAGUCUGCAGGACGACCCCAACCUCAAAGCCACGCGCACCUACACCGUGCUGGACUGUGUGCGCACCCGGCGGAUGGCCUGCCUCUCACUCAACGUGUGGUUCAACUGGCUCGUCAACUCGCUGGUGUAUUACGGUCUGUCUCUGAACACAGAGAACCUGGCAGGCUCACCCUACCUCAACUUUUGCUUAGUGGGAGCCGUGGAAAUACCUGCUUACGCACUGUGCAUUCUAAUUGUAAACCGGGUGGGUCGCCGGAAGCCUUUAAUCGUCACCAUGGUUGUGAGCGGCGUUGCGAGUGUUGUGGCGGGCCUUAUACCCACAACCUCAAGCAAUCUGAAAACUCUUACGGUUGUCUUUGUAAUGAUAGCAAAAUUCGGCAUCUCUGCUUCAUAUGGGACCAUCUAUCUGGCAUCUGCUGAAAUCUUUCCUACUGUGGUCCGAAAUAUCGGCAUGGGGGUCUCCUCUAUGUCAGCUCGGAUUGGUGAUAUCCUGGCCCCCUUGAUACUAGAAUCCACCAACAUUGCUCCAUUUCUUCCCAUGAUGCUAUUCGGAGGUUUGUCCAUGUUGGGAGCGGCCCUGGCUUUUCUACUUCCGGAGACAUCGGGGCGCCCUCUACCACAAUUUCUGGAAGAUGUUGACUAUGGAAAUAACUGCAUGGCGUGCUGCAAGAGCAGAACUACUUCCAAGGGAAACGACAGCUUGUCCAUUCCAAGGAAAGAAAAUGAGCUUGGAGUGUUCUCCAUAUGCAGUCUUCCUGAACAGGACAAAACCGUAGUAUAAGCAUUAAGCAAACACAAUAUUUACAUCAAUUAUUACCAACAACAUUGUAACAAAGUUCAUUCAAGUUUUAUAGUUACUGGUUGACUUCACAUAAAAUAGUUCAUUUGUCCAACAAAAAUACACAUAAAUGAGUAAAAGAAAACAUCGUCUUUUUUAAAAAAGAAUGUUUCUCGUAGACAUAGCGCUUUGGUGACUCGAACUCACUCCUGUGCCAGGGUCCACACUCCUCACACUGUUUGACUGCGGGUCAAGGUUCACAAGGCUCAGGGGCCUGAUGGGAGCUGUGGGCGUGUCUUGCACUGCUGUGCUGUUCACGUGUGUGGAGUGUUUCAACUCUCUUUUUACACAGGACACAUCCCAGUCCUUUGGAAACUUUCUAACAUCGUCCCACUCCACCAAAAAGCUGACCCUCAUCAACCUAAUGCUUGUAAAGUUGAAGAGUUGUCCGUCACAACUAUGGAGUUCAGAAAGUGUCUUGGAGUAAAAUGAUCACUGAGUCAAACAGUGUAUAAACAUUGUUGUAAAUAUAAAAUACAUAGAAAGGUAUAGUGUGAAAACAUCAUUUUUCAAGAGUGUCACCAAGGGCUAUACCACUUCUCUCACUCACAAUCAAGCACUGACUUUUCUUGAUGUCUGCAAGUUAUUUCAUCCAACAUCAGACAGUCUCACGAACAGUCGGAAUGACAGACACGCACAUAUGAAGGGUUUGUUCAUCAGACGUAAUCACGUCCACAACAACUGAUUUCUUCAC